AUGUUCUCAACCCAUUGCUCUCUCGUCUUCGCGGUAUCAGUCCAGCUGGCCACCCUAGCUACGGCCCAGGACUAUACAGAGACCGUUUGGGGUAUAUUUGCAUACACUACUUAUGGAGACAGUCUACCCAAUAUAAUGUCGGAUGUCAGAACCAGGGCGUUAUCUGACUAUGGAGCCAGCCAGCUUGAGGCGGCGGGAUCCGUCUUCCGUGAUAGAUAUGUCAAGACAGGAGGAAGUGCGAACGAGUCAGGGUCCACGGUUCAGGGCCUUGCGCCUUUCUACCUCGACUCACAGGAUGUCAGCAUCCUCACAACGACUGAUCAAUAUGUCAUUGCCUCGGCACAGGCGUUCAUGCAAGGCCUCUAUCCACCAUUGAAUCAAUCCAAUGUCCAAGACUCCGAUUCAACCCCGAACGGCACUUUCUAUAGUUAUCCUCUCGGUGGAUAUCAAUAUCCCAAAAUUGUCAGUCUCGGAAGCUCUGACCCACAGUCUAUCAUGGUCGCGGGCCAGACACAGUGUCCCAUGUACCAAGCCGCCGUGACCGAGUAUCAGGAUAGCAGUGACGCCCAGGAUAUCACGCAGGAGAGUGCCGCUUUCUACACGAGACUGUGGAGAGAAGUAUUGCAGGGAGAGAUGGAUGAAUCGCAAGCAACCUACACCAAUGCUGUUGACAUCGCCGACUUCUUGGACUAUGAAAUUCUCCACAAUACCCAGGCGCUCGAGACUAUUGGUGAUUACGACCUGCGCCGUGCCCGGUGGCUUGCGGAUCAGUAUGUAUAUGCUACGAAUAAACAAGAUGAUCAACACUCGACCAUCGGCCUCAUACAGCCGAUUGCUGGGCAAACCUUGGGUUCCAGUAUUCUCAACGCCUUUGCGAUCAACGUCGGAACAUCUGGAUUGCAGCAGAAAGUGACACUACUGUUUGGUAGUGAUGAACCUGCCGUUGCUCUGGCAUCUCUUCUGGGGCUGGCAAAGGAGCAACAGCCCAACUUCUAUUCUCGCCUUGUCCCUGGUGGAUCCCUUAUCUUUGAACUUUAUAGUUUCGAGACGGACGAGGUUUACCCCAGCUACCCGGGUGCUGAUAAUCUAUUUGUGAGAUUUUACCUCCACAAUGGGACCGAUACCUCCGACUUCGCAUCAUAUCCACUUUUCGGAAAUGGGCCAAGCCAGGAAGAUAUUCCGUACAGCGAGUUCCAAACCGAAAUUGAGACCUUUGCGAUGCAGUCGACAAAGGAAUGGUGUACCCAAUGCAACGCGGAUUCAAUCUUCUGUUCUGGAUUGAUGGGAGAUAGCAGCAGCUCUUCGAAGCAAAAGAAACAGAUGUCUCCUGUGGUGGGUGGGGUUAUCGGAGCUUUCGUGACUCUGGGCGUUGGCGUUCUCAUUGGAAUGAUCGGCCUUUUCUUCUGUGGUAUCCGCAAACGUGGACCCUCAAGCCACAAGCCUAGCAUCGGGGGAUUUAAAGGCAACAAUAAGAACGCCAGUGAUGCAGAUUUGAAUUUCCGAAAGCCGAUAUGGGGCAGUACCUCCAAGCCAAAUGUCGGUACUGAUGAUGACCCAUCCACUGCAGGUAUUAUGGUUCAGGGACAUGAGCGACUCGGAAGCUGGGAAAUGGGUCAGCAGAGAAAGGAAAUUGAGGAUAUCGCAUCUCCAACCCAUGAUGGCACACCUCAUGUCUCGCCGUUUGAUGAUGAGAAUGAGGAAGAAUGGAGGAUUCACAGUGGGAUGCAGCCGGUUAAAGUGCGGGAAAGCGUGUAG